CCCCCAGACGCCGCCCACAUGCCAUGAAGCGCCGCAGACUCCGCGCCUGACCGCACACGUAAUUCAUGCCACCCAUCGCCCGCUCCCCGACACAGCUUCUUGCGACUCUCUCCAGCACCACUCGUACAUGAUGUCGGCCGGAGGGGGAAACAUCAAGGUCGUCGUGCGAUGUAGGCCCUUUAAUGGCCGAGAAAAGGACCGCAACGCGCAAUGCAUCGUGCGCAUGAAGGGGGACCAGACCAUCCUCUCGAGCCCCUCCGACCCAAAGGGCGGCAAAGCUGGCAAGGCCGCCGCCGAGGGCCCCAAGACCUUCGCCUUCGACAGGUCCUACUGGUCUUUUGACCGCAACGCCCCCAACUAUGCCGGCCAGGACAACCUCCACGAGGACCUGGGCAAGCCGCUGCUCGACAACGCCUUCCAGGGGUACAACAACUGCAUCUUCGCCUAUGGCCAGACGGGUUCGGGGAAGUCGUACUCGAUGAUGGGGUAUGGGCAGGAGUACGGCAUCAUCCCCAAGAUUUGCCAGGACAUGUUCGAGCGCAUCAAGAUGGUGCAACAGGACAAGCACGAGAGCUGUACCGUCGAAGUCUCGUAUCUGGAAAUCUACAACGAGCGCGUUCGCGAUCUCCUCAAUCCCUCCAACAAGGGCAACCUGCGAGUGCGAGAGCACCCCUCGACGGGCCCGUAUGUCGAAGAUCUGGCAAAGCUGGUCGUCCAGUCCUUUGCCGAGAUCGAGAACCUCAUGGACGAGGGAAACAAGGCCCGUACCGUCGCCGCGACCAACAUGAACGAGACGUCCUCCCGAUCGCACGCCGUCUUCACCCUGACCCUCACCCAGAAGCGCCACGACGAGCAGACCAGCAUGAGCGGAGAGAGGGUGGCAAAGAUCAGUUUGGUCGAUCUGGCUGGUUCGGAACGAGCGCAGUCUACUGGCGCAACUGGAGCACGGUUGAAGGAAGGUGCAGAAAUCAACAGAUCGCUGUCGACCCUUGGUCGUGUUAUUGCAGCGCUCGCAGAUAUAGGCCAGGGGAAGAAGAAGACACAAGUCCCGUAUCGAGACUCUAUCCUGACAUGGCUGCUGAAAGACUCCUUGGGUGGAAAUAGUAUGACGGCUAUGAUUGCUGCCAUCUCCCCUGCCGACAUCAAUUUUGAAGAAACCCUGUCGACCCUGCGUUACGCCGACUCCGCCAAGCGCAUCAAGAACCACGCCGUCGUCAACGAAGAUCCCAACGCGCGCAUGAUCAGAGAAUUGAAAGAAGAGCUGUCCAAGCUUCGUUCCCAGCUAAGUGGAGGCGCUUCAGGCGGCGGUGGCGGCGGCGGUAUAGUCGCAGAGCAGUACGCGCCAGACACACCCCUGGAAAAACAGAUCGUGUCGAUUACACAGUCUGAUGGAACAAUCAAGAAGGUUUCAAAGGCUGAGAUUGUCGAGCAGCUCGACCAGUCUGAGAAGCUGUACAACGACCUCAACCAGACAUGGGAAGAGAAACUCGCAAAAACGGAAGAAAUUCACAAAGAGCGCGAGGCUGCGUUGGAAGAGCUCGGUAUCAGCAUUGAAAAAGGAAACGUCGGUCUGUCAACGCCAAAGAACAUGCCUCAUCUGAUCAACUUGAGUGAUGAUCCUCUUCUGGAUGAGUGUUUGGUCUACAAUCUAAAACCUGGAACAACAACUGUUGGCAACUCUGACGCCGAAGGACAGGUUGCGCAAAUAAAGCUAAACGGCUCGCAAGUACUCGCUGACCACUGCACUUUCGAAAACGUCGAUGGGACGAUUACUGUGAGCAUGGCCGAGAACGCAAGUGUUAUUAUAAACGGCAUCCGGAUAGUGGACAGUCCGACCCAAGUCAACAGCGGUGAUCGCGUAAUUCUCGGCAAUUUUCACAUCUUCCGCCUGAACAACCCACAGCAGGCAAGAGCCGUACGGGCAGAAGUGGGGGCGAGUCUGCUUCGUCAUUCAAUCGCAGCAAACCAUUUGAACUCGCCCUCUCCUGCGCCGCGACCCGGUCACGACAGAUCAUUCAGCGCCAUCAGCCUGGCUACUUCCGAUUUCGGUUCUGGUAGUCCUCGAGCUGGAUCGCCUGCCCCUUGGCAGCGCGGUCGAGAGUCCGAAUUUACUUUUGCGCGCAGAGAAGCUCUCACAGCAUGGUUAGGGCCAGAAAAGCGAAUCGAGAAUCUUCCCGACGACGAGUUUGAUGCCAUAUUCGAAGAUCUGCGGAGAUUGAAGGAAACCCGUAAGGUGCGCCCAGAAAGCAGGAUAUAUGAACAGGACGAAGAUAUGGAGUCCAUCUCCUCAUUUCCUCUCAGAGAAAAGUACACGUCUGGAGGGACUUUUGAUAACUUCUCUCUCGAUACUGCCUUGACGAUGCCGUCUACACCACAGCAGGAUGACAGUGAAAAGGGGCGAGAAUUGAGGAUGGAUUCAGCGGAGAAGUUGGUUCAACACGGAGAAGACUUGCCAGCGAGACUGAAGGCGGUUCAAGAGACCAAAGUCAAAGUGGAGCUGGAGGAGCUUCGAGCUGCAAAAGAAGAUAUGCAGAAGCAACUGCAAGGAUACGAGCGUCAGUUGAGACAGCUUGGCCACGAGCCAACACCCGCGACAAAUGGAGAACACCCAACGGACAAACCCAACGAACAGCAGCUUGACCUAGUCCGAAACUUCUUUCAUCAAUGGCGGCAACGCAAAUACGUCACCAUGGCAGAGACUAUCCUCCAGAACGCAGCGACUCUCAAGGAGGCGCAGAUCAUGAGCCAUCAGAUGGACAAGAGUGUUGUUUUCCAGUUUUGCAUCGUUGGUGUCGGCCACACUGUCCCUUCGUCGUACGACUUGGUCAACAUGGGCAUUCCUGGCGAAGACGAUGAAUUUCUCGACAACACCCCGAAGCCUUGCGUUGGCGUCCGUGUCAUCGAUUUCAGGAAUAAGGUUGUUCACCUGUGGUCAUUACAAAAGCUGCGCCAACGCGUACGACGCAUGCAUCAGAUGCACCAGUACAUGAACCGACCUGGGUACAUUCAGCACUUCAAACCUGAAACACCCUUUUCCGAGCCAUGUAUGCCUGAGUUCUCUCGCAUUGGCGACGUCGAUGUUCCACUUGCUGCUGUCUUCAACUCCAGAGUACGUGAUUUCAGUCUCGACGUUAUUUCACCCUACACAGCAAAUCCGAUCGGUAUCAUCCGGCUAUCUCUGGAGCCCUCAUCUGCGGAAGCCCCUUCAACGACGUUGAAAUUCAAUGUUGGUAUGCAUGAAAUGGUCGGCUUUCCGGAACGAGAAGGCACCAAGGUACAUGCUUUACUUUUUGUACCUGGCAUCUCCGACGAAAGCGGUGCGACGACUACAAUCUGGAUCACCGAUUUCAAUGAAGGUCCUAUUCGCUUCGAGAGUAUACACAGUAUGAGUCUUCCAUACCCUAGCCCUCGCGACACUUUCCUUCGCAUCUCCAUCUUUGCGCAGGUCAAUGAAAGUUACCUCGACAUGCUCCUUAGUUGGGAUGACAUGCGAGACCCGUCCGAGAAGCCCAAGAAGAAGCGACGCAAUGCGCGGCUACCUGAGUCGGAGUUUUACACGGAAGAUACGCACGAUAUCUUCUCGCGUAUCCAGGUUCAUGAGCCUACGGAUGAAGGGACGUAUCAGCCUGUCGAUGUCACACAGAGCAGCGUUAUGGACGCGGGUGUGUAUCAACUCCAUCUCGGUGUGGCGCGUCGCAUUGUAGUAAAUCUCACCCACACAUGCGGUGACACACUGCAGUGGCAGAACGUUACUUCGAUGCGGAUGGGUAGAAUCCGCCUCAUCGACUCAGUCGGAAACGCUCCUGGAAUUGAGACUCCCGUGAAAGAGGUCCCCAUAGCUCUGAUCUCUGCGCCCACCGUCAAGAACAAUGCUGACGGAACUACGAAUGUAAAAUUUGUAGGACGAUGGGAUAGUACAGCACACAACUCACUUCUUCUCGACCGCCCGACACAAGAUAAGUACCGCGUCCAAGCAACGCUUCUCUUCAAUGUCAUGUCUGCGAAGCUGGUGGAUCCAAUGGUCUUCUCUCUCGAUCUGGCAUUGCAAAUCCGCGGCCGCAUAGCAAGCCGCCCCACCUCCCUCUUCUCCCUGGCAAGUCUAUGGGGGAACACAGUAAAGACGGUGCAUUCUACCGUUGGCAUCUUCAACGUCGCCAUCCGUCCUACAUCCGUCAAGCGCGCCACAGAUCUCUGGCGCAUGAACACGCGCGACGACUACAUCAAAGGCGAAGAACAAGUCUCAGGCUGGACACCGCGUGGCGUAUCACUAGUCCGAGACUUCAUCAACAUCGAAAAGCGGCGCAGACGAAUCGCCGAGAUAGAAACAGCGCGCUCGGUCCUCUCCUCCAAAGCCCUCAGCAUACCCCCUUCAACAUCCCGCUCCUCAACCCCCCAACCCGACCUCGACGACCGCCAAAAAGCCCUUCUCCAGCGCGUCAUCUCCCUCUGGCAAACCCACAAAGCCCCCGCGGAAAUAAUCCUAAACCCCACUAAUCUCGAGCCCCCCAAAAACGGCGCCGCCUUCGCCCCGCGCUCCGCCUCGCCAUCCCCCUCCCCAACACCCAGCCUAACAGCCACAGUGCGCUUCGUCUCCAAGAACCCAAACCUCCUCAAGAGCAGCUACCUCCUCAUGCCCGACCCCACAAACUCGCGCUGGAUCCGCCGCUUCGUCGAGCUGCGCAAACCAUAUCUACACGUCUACUCCACCGACGGCGACGAAAUCAACGCUAUCAAUCUGACAAACGCGCGUAUCGACCACUCGCCCCAGAUCGCCAGGCUGCUCGGCGGGACGGGCGCUAGUCUGAAUGGUAGCGCGCACGCACAUGUAAGGCGCGGGAGUGUGGAUAGCAAUGGUAGCGCCGCGAGCAGCGUGGGCGGCACGGGCAAAGACACGGUCUGGGCUGUGUUUGCGAGGACGAACACGUAUAUCCUGCGCGCGCGCAGUGAGCGCGAGAAGAUUGAGUGGAUUUUAAGGCUGGAUCAGAGUUAUUUCUCCAGCGAGGGGAGUGAGUCGACGGAGGAUUGAGGGGUGCGAGGCUCUGUGUGUGUGUGUUAUGGAUAGCGAUGGGGGGUUGUUUGGAUGGAGUGGAGGUUGGAGUGAUCUGGAAGAUUUCCACGCCUGCUAGCUAGCUAGCUAUCUUCUUUGUACUCUAUGUUGUAUGACGGGUGCGCUUGUUUGGCGUCUUGAAAUAUCGCGUUGGAGAUGAGGAUACCCGGUGCGUGGUUGUGUUGCAUUGCAUAGGGCGUUGCUAGAAUAUAUAUAAUGCCUUUCAUGCUUAACUCCCUCCUCCUCGUUUCUUUCCCUCUCUAC